AUGUCCCGGGCGCCUCGAGGCGCGGCGGCGCCACCUGGUGGCCGCGAGCUGCGCGAGCUCAACGACCGCCUGGCGCACUACAUCGACCGCGUCCGCGCGCUCGAGCUCGAGAACGACCGGCUGCUGCUCAAGAUCUCCGAGAAGGAGGAGGUGACCACGCGCGAGGUGAGCGGCAUCAAGACACUGUACGAGUCGGAGCUGGCCGACGCACGCAGGGUGCUGGACGAGACGGCCCGCGAGCGCGCCCAGCUGCAGAUCGAGAUCGGCAAACUGCACACUGAGCUGGAAGAAACCAGCAAAAGCUCCAAGAAGCGAGAGGGUGAGCUCACAGUGGCCCAGGGCCGCGUCAAGGACCUGGAGUCCCUGUUCCAUCGGAGCGAGGCAGAGCUGGCCGCUGCCCUCAGCGACAAGCGCAGUCUCGAGAGCGACGUGGCGGAGCUUCGGGCCCAGCUGGCCAAGGCAGAGGACGGUCACGCGGUGGCCAAAAAGCAGCUGGAGAAGGAGACGCUGAUGCGCGUGGACCUGGAGAACCGCUGCCAGAGCCUGCAGGAGGAGCUGGACUUCCGCAAGAGUGUCUUCGAGGAGGAGGUGCGGGAGACACGGCGGCGGCAUGAGCGUCGCCUGGUGGAGGUGGACAGCAGCCGGCAGCAGGAGUACGACUUCAAGAUGGCUCAGGCGCUGGAGGAGCUGCGUGCCCAGCACGACGAGCAAGUGCGGCUCUACAAGCUGGAGCUGGAGCAGACCUACCAGGCCAAGCUGGACAACGCCAAGCUGAUCUCUGACCAGAAUGACAAGGCCGCCAGCGCCGCCCGGGAGGAGCUCAAGGAGGCCCUCAUGCGGGUCGAGUCCCUCAGCUACCAGCUGUCCGGCCUCCAGAAGCAGGCGAGUGCAGCUGAGGACCGGAUCCGCGAGCUGGAGGAGACCAUGGCCGGGGAGCGGGACAAGUUCCGGAAGCUGCUGGACGCCAAGGAGCGGGAGAUGACGGAGAUGCGGGAGGUGAUGCAGCAGCAGCUGGCCGAGUACCAGGAGCUGCUGGACGUCAAGCUGGCGCUGGACAUGGAGAUCAACGCCUACCGCAAGCUCCUGGAGGGCGAGGAGGAGAGACUGAAGCUGUCCCCCAGCCCGUCGUCGCGGAUCACCAUCUCGCGGGCCGCCUCGAGCAGCAGCGGCAGCAGCGUGUCCACGGCCGUGCGCUCGGGCCGCAGCAAGCGGAAGCGGCUGGAGGCCGAGGAGUCGCUGGGCUCGGCCUCGAGUGCCAUCGGCUCGGGCAGCAGCAGUGUCAGCAGCUUCCAUCUGGCCCAGCAGGCCUCGGCCUCGGGCAGCGUGAGCAUUGAGGAGAUCGACCUGGAGGGCAAGUUCGUGAGGCUGAAGAACAGCUCGGACAAGGACCAGUCUCUGGGUAACUGGAGGAUCAAGAGGCAGAUUCUGGAGGGGGAGGAGAUUGCCUACAAGUUCACGCCCAAGUACGUGCUGCGGGCCGGCCAGACCGUCACGGUGUGGGCAGCUGGUGCAGGGGUGGCCCACAGCCCCCCUUCGACGCUGGUGUGGAAGAGCCAGAACAGCUGGGGCACAGGCGAGAGCUUGCGGGCAAUCCUGGUCAACGCCGACGGGGAGGAAGUGGCCAUGAGAACGGUGAAGCAGUCCUCGGGGAUGCGGGAGGCGGAGAACGGGGAGGAGGGAGCCGAGGAGGGAGCCGACUUUGGCGAAGAGGAUCUUUUCCACCAACAGGGGGACCCGAGGACCACCUCCCGCGGCUGCCGCGUGAUGUGAAGGGAGCGCCUCAUCGCGCGUCCUUCUUCACCCAGAGCCACUGAACACUAUUUUUCUAUCAUUGGCUUCUUUAGUCCUUAAUACCUUUCUAGAGAAUUUUUAAGCAAACGGACAGAUCACAGGGUGGGUCUCUCUCCCUCCUUCCUGUCGGUGGGCCCCUCCGACCUCGUCCAUCACACUGUCCAGGAGACUUCGGUGCCCCAUUUCACCAUUUGGUUGAAUUCGAGGCCCAGGAACCACAGGGUCAGGGGAGUGGGCUUGGUGGCCGGGGGGAACAGCGUGACCCUGAGUAGGUAUUCAGUAGUAGUGGUUUCUUUUAUUAAGCUUUUUUACCAACCAAAUUCAGAUCCAGGUUCCGACCUGGGGGGUCAGGGGCACCCCUGUCAAUCAUGUCUCAGCUGACCGGAAUUGGCACCGAGGUGCCUGUCGCAGCAGUGGGCAGUCGCAGGUCUGUACUCUGGCCCGUUCCCCCGGGGCUGGUCACAGUUCCCGCCCUGGCAGUGGCAGGCCCCGUGUCUGCCCUCUUGGUCUGGGGCGCUCUGGGGCGGGCCGCCUCCUUCCCUUUCUGGCUGCCUGACCCUGGCGUUUCUGGAGCUUUCUGUAGGCAAGUUCCUCACCCUGCAGGACCAGUGGGGCAGGAGAGAAGGAACCUUGGGGCCCAGGGGCAGUUCCAUUCUAUGACUUGUCACCAGGUAAAUGGUGAGGGGACAAGUUUGACAACCUCAGAAGCAAGCGCCCGCGUUUCUGAACAGUGUCCGUGUGUAGCGAGUGCUCCCGGCAGGAGGAAGGUGGCCACUUCCCGACUCCGCCGUGCGCGGGGCCAAGCCCCGACCUCCGUUUCCAUGUAGAUUCUUCCGCAGACGGCAGCAGCCCAGCUUCUGUCCGGGACAGAGGGACUCCUGGGGGACGGCCCCCAUCACAGCCGCUUCUGCCGCGGCCCCGGCGCCCCCUCCUGCAUUAGCUUCCCGCCUACAUCCUCCCACGUAGAUACACAAAAGUUAUUUUUUUAACGGAUAUUUAUUUUUUUACAUUGGUCAGUACUCAGAUUGCCAGGAUCCUGCUCGGGGGGCUGGUGCCAGGGUCCCCAGGACAGUCCUCCCAGGGGUGGCAUCCCGGGGCCUGUCCUGGUGAGCUCUGAGCCCCCAGAGGGCAAACUCCUUCAGAAAGCGCAGCUCAAGUCUUAAAGACGCAACCCUGAGCCAUGGAGGCGUGCCGGCGCCCACGGGUCACCCUCGGCCCACCCAGAGCCUCACGCCUGCCCUACCCCACAUGCGUCCCAAGCAUCUGGCUUUCCUUAGGAAUUGCUUUAUGGCGAGGAGGGUCAGGCCGGAGCCCCAGGCCAGGGAAGUGCCAGUGGCCCACAGAACACAAGCUCUGCUGCUGCCCUUGUGUCUAGAAUCUGCCAGGAGGGAGCCCCUUACUUUCAGUCCGCAUCUUUCUAGGGCCUCCUUAAGUUGCCAGGCUCCGGGCUGUUUCCCCCAUGGAGGGGAAUGUGUCUCCAGGCCCCGGAGAGUGCUGCCUGUCCUGGCUGGCCACCACCCUGCCCUACCCCCUGGGUAACCUUGCCUUGGAGUGCUUCCAGGGCCCGAGGCUGGGGGCUGCCAUCUCCUCCCGCCCUGGCCUAGCCAGAGCUGGGUGGACACUUGGGGUGCUGGUGAGGUGUGGGGAGGGUGGGGCUUGGUGGCCCCCGGACAUGCAGGAAGUCUGCAGUGGCCCCGACUGCACUCCUGGAUGUAUUUUGGGACUCUGGGGAUCAAAGCUGUGUCCUGGCAUUUGGGUCUGUCUUGCCGUCUGGGCUCGUGGACAGGAAGGAAGGGGAACCCCACCCUCCCCGCAGGCCCAGAUGGCCCCCCUGGUGCCUGCAGAGCCCCCAGGCACGUAGAUAGGGCUUGAUCUCGUGUUACCCCCACCCCACGCUGGUCUGGCUGAGGUCUUGGGUGAAACUGGGAGGUGGCCCAGGCAGCCAUUGGGGUGCCCUUGGCUGUUGGGGGGGAGGGACCGCUGGCCUUGGUGGCUGGUGGGUGACUGGAGGUGGGUGAUGGUUGUUGGUAAUCAAGUGUUCACAAACACGGAGCAGGAAGCUGGGAAGCGAUUUGCACCCGUUAACCAUGCUUAGCUUUAAGCCACGUAAAAUGAUGUGGAAAUGGUCCCCUUGUCUGCACCCCUAUCACGUGAUUGAGUGGCACCCUUCCUGGAGAAAAAGCGGACUCGGCCCAGCCCUGGUGAGGGGGCAGCCUGCCUGCGGGUAUGCAGGGAGGGGCUACACUGACCCAGGUCUACACCGGGGGCCCUUCCCACCAGCCUGGGCCCCCACCUCGGACCCACUCGCUCAGCUACUUUGCUAACAGCGAGGGCCCUGGGUCGGGUUGUCUGGACCGUAAACCCAGCAGUUCUAUUUAUAUUAGCACAUGCCGGUCGGGACUGACAUUCCCCAAGGACGGCAAAGCCACUCAAAAGGUCUUAAGUCGGUCUUGCUGGUGCAGUCGGCCGAGAACCAGUCUGGUCUGGACCCCACGCCGAGAUUGGUUGCUUUUUAAGAUGCAUGCCAAACAGGUGGUCUUUUUCUCCGAUGAUUUGUAAUAUACAUUUUAUGACUGGAAACUUUUUAUACAGCACUCCAAUAAACAGUUUGGUUUUAA